AUGAUGUGGGCGGGUACAGAACCGUCACCUUCCAAAUAUGAUCAAAAUUAUUUGAAUAUAAUGAAACAGAUUAUUGAAUUACUACAGUCAUAUGGAAUUUAUGUUUUAUUAGAUAUGCAUCAAGAUGUUUUAUCUAGUCGUGUAAAUGCAUACGAUGGAAUACCUGCCUGGUUGUUUGACCGUUUUCCACCGUCACAAUAUCCAUAUCCUUGGCCAUUAAAAUCGAACUCAUCAGCUUCGGGUGACAAUUGGUUUGUUGGUUAUAUCACUGAAGCUACUAGUCAUGGUUUUCAAUGUUUAUAUGACAAUGUUGGUGGAGCUGUGGACUCGAUGAGUAAUUUUUGGCAUUUGGUAGCAAGUACUUAUGGAUCUUAUUCAAAUGUUAUUGGUUAUGAAUUAAUUAAUGAACCAUGGGCAGGAAACUGGUUUAAAAAUCCUGCUUUGUUGUUACCAGGUAUAGCUGGUGCAAUAAAUUUACAACCGCUCUAUGAUCGAUUAAGUAAAGCAAUACGCUCCGUUGAUAAUGAUACAUUGAUAUUCUAUGAACCAGUUACGUGGGGUGUACGUCUCAAUGGAAAAUAUUUUGGUACCGGCUUUUCACAUGUUCCUGGUGGUGCUUCAUAUCAAAAUCAUAGUGUUUUAUCCUAUCACUAUUAUUGUAUUAUACUCUCAAUUAAACCCAUUCCUGGCAAUGAAACUAUUCCUGUAUUUGAUCGUGCUUUAUGUGAUGAAUUAGAAGGUCCGGCUAUAUUUCGCAGUGUUGAAAGAGAUCUAAACGAACUCGGUGGUUCUUCGUUUCUAACUGAAUUUGGAGGUUGUGAUGAUACUCCAACAUGUAUUGAACAAGUUCAAUACGGGCUCGAUAAGGCUGAUGAAUUUUUUCAAUCAUGGGCAUAUUGGGGAAGUUUGUUUCUAAAUGAAACAACAGGUAUUCUUGAUUUAUCUAACAUAAAAAUGUUAUCGCGUCCCUAUGCCAGAUCUGUUGGUGGUCAACCGAUAUCGUCACAAUUCACCGCACAACGUUUAUCCUAUUAUUUUGCCUAUACGAUUGAUUCAACACUUGGUAAACCAACAGAAAUCUAUGUACCCCCAUUAUCCUAUACAAACGGAUAUAAUGUAACUGUUAAUAAAAUUCUAACAUGGGUUAUUGAUCCAUUAAAUAAAAAUGUGAUUUUGGUUUUCUCAACAAGUUAUAUUCGGAGGAAUGAAAAUUUGAUUGGCAUUGUUCAAAUAAAUCCUUUGUCUUAA